AUGAGUUAUGUCGGGCAAGAAGAACAGUCUUCCACGAUUACAAUUACGGGAAUGUAUUCCCAAUUAGCGAUCAAUACUGCCUUAGGUCUUGGAACUCUAAUAGUUUUUGGAAUUCUUAGACCUAGGAAUGGGAUUGUAUACGCACCAAAACAAAGAUAUUCUCCAGAGAAAAAACAGCCACCAAAGCUCGAAACAGGGCUCUUCUCUUGGAUUAAACCAGUAAUUACUGUACCAGAAUCACAGUUGAUAGAAAAAAUCGGUUUAGAUGCCGUAAUGUAUUUAAGGUUUAUAAGUUUAUGUAGAAACCUAUUUUUAUGGCUAUUCUUUAUGGGUAUAUGCAUUCUAGUACCAUUAAAUGUCUACGGUACAUUACAAGAUUCGGACAACAAAUUUCCUACAAGUGAUAACCCUCUUCAGUUUCUCAGCAUUUCUUAUCUAAUAAGUGUAG